AUGACACAUGGUCAGACUACUGUACCUAUGUACAUAUUGAUGGUUGCUGGGCGGGUCAUACUGGCCAUUGGGAGUGGAACAAUUAGAGCAGAGCGGAGCUACCGUCAUAGAGUUUUCUUCUAUUGUUGUAGAGACUUUUUGGAGGUACGGUAUGGCUUGACAGUGGCAGAGGCAGACUACAUUGCCAGCGUCCCUUCUAUCGUUAUGUUGUUAACUCCUGUCGUAUCUAUUUUACUGAAGUACAUUGACUGUCAUGGAGUCGUUCUCACAGCAGCCCUCAUAUGGAUGACGUCUGUUUUUGUUUUAUUGGGAUUCUGUCCGGCCAUCCACCCCCUUAUCCUCGCUAUAGCAGAUGGAACAGGUGCAACUAUAUAUUCUAUAAUAAUGUGGCAGCUCCUAGUCGUUAUCAGUCCCGCAGCCUUUGUUGGGACUCUCGGAGGUAUAUUUUAUUUAGUGAGACACCUAACAGCAGCGUUCAGCUUACUUGCCGCUGGAUUUAUACUGCAGAAACCUGAACAGACUGAAUUGAACAGUGCUCUGAACUCUUACAAGCAUUUCUUCUUGAUGUUGAUAUUGAUGGCGUCCUCCAGCGUGGUCUUGGUUGUGAUGAUGAAUGUGCUGGAUUUCCUCGAGGCCUGUGCUUUCAAUUCAAGGAUAGGCAAUUGGAGGAAAAACAAUAUAGAAUCAACAGAACUAUUAUCUGGGAUUCAAGACUUUUUGGAGGUACGGUAUGGCUUGACAGUGGCAGAGGCAGACUACAUUGCCAGCGUCCCUUCUAUCGUUAUGUUGUUAACUCCUGUCGUAUCUAUUUUACUGAAGUACAUUGACUGUCAUGGAGUCGUUCUCACAGCAGCCCUCAUAUGGAUGACGUCUGUUUUUGUUUUAUUGGGAUUCUGUCCGGCCAUCCACCCCCUUAUCCUCGCUAUAGCAGAUGGAACAGGUGCAACUAUAUAUUCUAUAAUAAUGUGGCAGCUCCUAGUCGUUAUCAGUCCCGCAGCCUUUGUUGGGACUCUCGGAGGUAUAUUUUAUUUAGUGAGACACCUAACAGCAGCGUUCAGCUUACUUGCCGCUGGAUUUAUACUGCAGAAACCUGAACA